AGUCAGGAGAUGAUGCGAAAGAAUUCAAGUCCUCACAGCUUCAAUUUGCUGAAGAAAAUCAAAGAACUCACUCGAUCAAUACUCGAAGAUCUGUGUAAUGGUUGUUCGCCAACCCUAUACAUCGAUAAAUUCAGUACAUACUGCUCGGAAAGUUCUGGAAACUGCCGUUGCAGCUCUGAUUUGCCCAAAGGAAAGGAAAUUCUUACGCUGAAAAGAGAAUGUCAUGCACGUAGGUUGGAUGUAUUGCUAAGAGUGCUAAUGGUAGUUCAGCAACUUCUGCAAGAAAAUAGACAUGCUUCAAAAAGAGAUAUAUAUUACAUGAAUCCUUUAAUUUUUAAAGAGCAGUCUGUUGUUGACCAGGCAAUAAAUGACAUUUGCAUCCUUCUGCAUUGCAGCCGCCACAACUUAAAUGUGGUGUCAGUUGGAAACGGAUUGGUAAUGGGCUGGCUUAGAUUUUCAGAAUCCGGGAGGAAAUUUGAUUGCAUAAACAGUCUUAACACAGCACACCCCAUUCCUGUCAAUGUAGAAAAUGUUGAAGAUAUUAUUAGUGUUGCUCAGUACAUCUUAGUUGUGGAGAAAGAAUCAGUUUUUCAGAGACUGGCAAAUGAUCAGUUUUGCAGACAAAACCGCUGCAUUGUAAUCACUGGAAGAGGGUAUCCUGAUGUUCCAACAAGAAGAUUUUUGCAUCUCCUUAGUGAAACACUGCGCUUGACUGCCUAUUGCUUGGUUGAUUGCGAUCCAUAUGGCAUUGAUAUCUUAAGUACAUACCGAUUUGGUUCUAUGCAAAUGGCAUAUGAUGCCAAAUUUCUACGUAUCCCGGACAUUCACUGGCUUGGAGCUUUUCCAUCAGAUUGCGAGAAGUAUCAUCUUCCACGACAGUGUCUCCUACCUCUGACAGCUGAAGAUAAGCGGAAAGUUGAAGGCAUGUUACUUAGGUGUUACUUGGAACAUGAAGUCCCACGUUGGAGGUUUGAUUUCAUGACUUGUGCUUCAUUUAUUACUAUACAUUGCAGACUACUGAACUAUUCUACAAUGUCAAGGGUGGAACUCCAGUUGCUGCUGGAUAGAGGACUCAAGUUUGAGAUUGAAGCGCUAUCGGUGCACUCACUUUCCUUCUUGGCAGACGAAUAUCUACCCUCCAAGAUCCAAAAUGGAGCGUACAUCUAAUCUCUCACUUUAUCUUUCAAGCCUUGGAACAAAAUCAAGUAAGUUAGCAUGUAAAUUUCAAUACAAACUCAAGCAGCUUAGAAACUUCUCGUGGAAAACAAAUAUGGAGAUGAUCAUCAACUCUGUUAGGACUUUCAAAUUUGGCGGAGAGGUGUUCAAAGUAUACUGUUCUAGGCAUGUUCUCUAUUGAUCAAUUCAAACUGAUAUAACAGUACUGAAAUUGAAUUCUUAAUGUAAAAACCAAAAAUGACAUAUGCUCCUCUCUUAGGUGUAUAGAAUUCAACUUUAUUGUUGGAUUUUAGCUUUGCCACUUGAGCUUCAUUUCUUGAAAACUUAUGGGAUGAAGGUUAGAAUUAUGAGCACUUUUAGAAUUUGAUCUGAUUUUCAUUAUCAAGUCACGGUAACUUUCUAACGAAUUUUGGUUGUAUAUUAAGCUUACAACAUUGUAAAAACAUCCUGAGCCAUGUCCUAUUAUAAUCACUCGCUGAGGUAAGCAAAGAUAUGAUCAUCA